UUAAUUCCUGGAGUCCACGUCAAAAAGUUUUUCCAUCCAAUUGGGUUGCGCGUGACGCUCCCUCCUCUCAUCACAUCUUCCCCAAUCCCAAUUCCAAAUCCCUCCGCCGCCGCCGGUUCCGAAUCGCCCAGCUAAAAUCACUCUCAUUUUCUUCAUUCCUUCGAAUACUGAUGGCCAGCGCCGAUGCUGAUGCCGUCGCGACUCUCCUUUCCGCGGCUGCACCUACGAAUCUGUCGCUCAUUUCCGCCCUGCUCGCCUGUGCAAUUGCUCAGUUCCUUAAACCUUUCACCAUUUGGUUGAAGGAUAAAAAAUGGGAUUCCAGAAAGAUGGUUAGCUCAGGUGGAAUGCCAUCAUCACAUUCAGCGACUGUCACAGCUCUUGCAACUGCAAUUGGCUUGGAAGAAGGAGUAGGAGCGGCAUCAUUUGCCAUUGCAGUUGUCUUAGCAUGUGUUGUGAUGUAUGAUGCUACUGGUAUCAGACUUCACGCUGGUCGGCAAGCUGAGCUAUUGAAUCAAAUUGUGUGUGAAUUGCCUCCUGAGCAUCCUGUUGCUAAUGUCAGACCUCUUCGAGAUUCACUUGGCCACACUCCACUGCAGGUUGUUGCUGGUGCAUUGUUGGGAUGUAUGGUGGCAUUCCUCUUGAAAAGUUCGACAUAACAGUGUUUAACUUUCCCAAAAUAUAUCAAAAUUGUUUAUAAUCUUCUGAAGAAAUGGAAAAGAAAUUACAAGAGAAUGAAGAAGCUGCGGGGAAGAUUUUAUUUUAAGCAAAGCUGGUUUGAUUUAGAUUUGAUCCUGUUACUAGUCGGAUAUUCAUUGUGAAACUGUGUAUAGUAUAUAAGGUUGGUUAAAGUUUUGUCUUGAUAAAGUUAGUGGAUUCGUCUAGCCUUUUGUCGUAUGGGUUUGUUUCAACCUUCACCCGACUCGAAUUCAUGUGCAAUAUGGUUGGCUACUUGGUA